UAUCGGCCGAGUUUCCAAGUUUCGUAUGAUAAUAAAAUUUAAGAAAAAAGAAAAGGUGGGACCCAUAUAAACAGUUUAAUUCGGCCGCCAGCUUUGUCGUCUCUCUCGUCUCCGUCCAUCUCCGUCGUUCCUACCUCCCUUCCUCUGCCUUUGUCUCUCUCUCUCUCUCUCUUCACUUUCUCUCUCCACCACCACCUCCUUCUUAUCAUUCCCACACCUCACUCACCCUCUCUUCCUCUCUCCCUCUAAUCUUAUCUCUGUUUCUCUCUCCUCUGUUUCUCUCUGCUUCUUCUUUCUUCGUUUCACACACAGAACUGAACUUAACCCGCAAAUCAAUCGAAAGUGAGAGAUACCCACCUCUGUUUUCUCGGUUUUCUCUCCACCCCAUCACUUGUUCUGUCUUUAUAUCAUGAGGCGGCACAAAAAAUCUUUGCUUUGUGUUUGUGUGUGAGGGAGGAUCACUGUUGACUGUUCCUUUUGCAAGUGUUUUUUUUUUCUUCUCUGGAUUUGGUUUUUGAAAUCUCUGGUGUGUAGAGCUUGAACAAACAUGACUGGAACAGACAUGACUGGUGGUAAUGAAGUCAACCUCAUUGAAUCUAAGAAUGUUGUGCCACUCAAUACAUGGGUGCUUAUCUCCAAUUUCAAGCUGGCUUACAAUCUUUUGAGACGUGCUGAUGGAACAUUCAAUCGAGAGUUGGCAGAGUUCCUUGACCGCAAGGUCCCCUGCAACACCAUUCCUGUUGAUGGAGUGUUCUCUUUCGACCAUGUCGAUCGAAACACUGGCCUCUUUAGCAGGGUGUAUCAACAAGCUCAUGAGAAUGUGUCUCGGUGGGGGAUUAUAGAUUUUGAAAAGUCCCUCAGCACCAAGCGUAUUGUCCCGGUCAUUAUUUUCUUCCAUGGUGGAAGCUUCUCACAUUCCUCUGCCAACAGUGCUAUCUACGACACUUUCUGCCGCCGCCUAGUGAGCAAUUGUGAGGCUGUUGUGGUUUCUGUGAAUUACCGGCGAUCGCCCGAGCACCGGUAUCCAUGUGCGUAUGAUGACGGCUGGUCUGCGCUUAUGUGGGUUAAAUCAAGGGCAUGGCUUCAGAGUGGAAAGGAUUCUAAGGUUUAUGUGUACUUGGCAGGGGAUAGUUCCGGCGGUAAUAUUGCUCACCAUGUCGCUGUUAGGGCUGCAGAGGAAGAUGUUGAGGUGCUAGGUAAUAUUCUUCUUCAUCCGCUGUUUGGCGGGGAGAAGCGAACGGAAUCAGAGAAGAAACUUGAUGGGAAGUACUUUGUGAGGUUGCAAGACCGCGACUGGUAUUGGCGAGCUUUUCUUCCCGAAGGCGAGGAUAGAGACCAUCCUGCUUGUAACCCGUUCGGCCCCAGGGGUAGAAGCAUUGCAGGACUCAAGUUCCCCAAAAGCCUUGUUUGUGUGGCGGGUUUAGAUCUCCUCCAAGAUUGGCAAUUGGAAUAUGUGGAAGGUCUCAAGAAUUCAGGCCAUGAUGUUAACCUUCUUUACCUUAAGGAGGCGACUAUCGGAUUCUACUUCUUGCCGAACAAUGAUCAUUUCUAUUGCCUCAUGAAGGAGAUGAAGAACUUCGUGAGUUCUAACUGUUAAUAUACCACCACAACUUAACCAUGCCUGCAGGAGGGCCAUACAUAACUAAAAGUCUGACAUUUCCACCAGGUUUCUCUUUUUUUCAUUUUCUCUUUUUUGUAUCCUUGAUGGUGUGUAGUUAUAAAAUUAUGUAGCAUUACUUACUAUCAUAACAACUAUGGUGGUAAAUCUGAGCUUUCUGUAACCGCGGGGGACUACUGCUUCCUGCUCUGUGUUCUCGGCCGAUAUCUUUUGAAGGGUAGCACCAGUGUGAAGUACUAGAGUUCAGUUUCAUAGAAGCUUACCCCAUUUUGCUUGUUCUACCUCAAUAGCAAGAGGGAAGAUACAAGAUAGGGUUUGGCUGGAUCACUUUGAUCAAGUGAAAAAGCCUUUAUGUUGUAUAACUUGUUAUUAAAUGGGGACCGGGGAAGACCCCCUUGCUAUUAUGGACUUUUGUAUGUUAUAUAGUAAAUAUAAAUGUCUUGUUUACCUUUCAGUUAAA